UAAAAAUGGGAGAUGAUUACGAAUAUGAUUAAAGCUGUUACGAUUCUAUGGAGAUCGAAAGAUAAGUCUCAUUAUAAGGGUAAAUAAAAAUUUGAAUAAGAUUAAUAGAGUAGAAAUCCUUGAAAUCAAAGAUGUCAUCAAAGUAAUCAAUAGAGAUAUGCAAGAGCUUUAAGAUGAAUUAUAUUUUGAUGAGGAUAAUACUUUCGAGGUAAUUCAUUUUCAUAUGAAAGUUAUACAUGUAUUUCAAUUGGAAUAGAGAGGAAAUCCUUUAAAAAUAUUACAUAAAUUCAGAAGCUUUAUUGGCUGAACUCAAAAGCAAAGGAAUUUUUAACAAUCAUGAAAAGAUUAUUUAUAAUGAUCUUAAAGGAUGUUGCUCUGUUUGUUUUUCUGAGGGGAAAUUAAUUCAAUUAGGAUGUGCUCAUAGAUUUUGUGAAUCUUGCAUUCAUUAAACAAUAAAGCAAAGAGUUUCUUAAGAUAAAUUUUUAAUAGUGAGAUGUUUAUAGAAUGGAUGCAAUUAUAGACUUCCUUUAUAAAUGCUUAAAAGAUAUUCUAAUCUUUAAGAAUUUGAAAAUCUACUAUGCAGAAGGUUUGUUGACUGUUCUAAAUAUUUAGCCUAUUGUACAGGAGUUGAUUGUAAUAAGAUUGUAAAACCCACUUAUACAUCAGUAAAAGAAGUCACUUGUUAAUGUACAAAUAAAUUCUGUUUCUAUUGCAAAGAGGAUCUUCAUCCUCCAUGUCCUUGUGAUUUAGUAAAGAAAUGGUUGGGUGAGAUAAAAAAAGAUGAAGCAAAUGUAAGAUGGAUAGUUGUAAACACAAAAUCAUGUCCAUUUUGUAAGAGACCAGUUGAGAGAUCAGAAGGAUGCAAUUAUAUGAUGUGUAAACCUCCAGGAGGUUGUGGUAAAGCGUUUUGUUAUAUUUGUUCAUAACCUUGGGAACCUGAUCAUAAGGAUCAUUUUAAAUGCAAUAAAUAUGUUGCUCCUACAGCUAAUUUUGAGAAAGAAAAAGAGGUCUUGCAAAGAUAUAAUUUUUAUUAUGAAAGAUUCUUAAAUUCAUAGGCUGCCAAAGAAAAAGCUAUGUAGAGAUUAACUCAAAUUAAGGAACAAUAUAUCACAUAAAUAUAUGAACAUUAUGAAUUCAAAUAUCAAGAUACUUAAUUCUUAAUAGAAGUCAUGAAAGAAUUAAUUCAAUCCAGAGUUGUAUUAAAAUGGUAAUUUAUAUAUUUAUAUAACUUAUUAGGUCUUACUGUAUUGGUUAUUAUAUUUCUAAAACAAAUAAAUAAUCAGCCAAAUUAUUUGAUCAUUAUCAAGAACUUUUUGAACAUGCUUGUGAAUCAUUGGCUAUUUCUUUAAUGAAAUUAUUUGAUGAAAUUGACAAAUUAAACUUAUAAUAAAAAACAGAUAGACCAUUGCAUGAAUAAAAAAGAGAUUUCAUAGAUAAAAAAGAGAAAAUUUAAAAUGCUUCCCAAAAAUGUUUUAAAAUGAGAUAAAAUUUAGAAACAGCAAUUUAUUAAGGAGAAAUUAAUAUGUGA